GCUGGCACGCCGCUUCCCCUCUUCCCCAGACUAAGUCCUUUCUCCCUCCGGCACUCGGCGAUCGCGCGCACGGAGCCGCGGCUGAGCUUCCAGAGCCUGGGACCGCGACGGCGCUGUCGGGAGAGACGCGUUCCCACGUCCCACCUCCUAGACGCUGAGCCCGUAGGAAAAGUCAGGCUUUCCUCCCAGAAACAAGGGGGAGAGUCGAGGGGACAGCUGCUGUGGAGGUGUCCAGGGAGACUCAGACUGGCUUCUUUCCCUGCCCCCAGGCGACGGGAGGAAACCUCAGAAGACGGUAAAGCUAAAGCUUGUCCCUGGCCAGCAAGAAGCUCCCAACCUGGAUGGAAUAAAAGAUGCGGCCUGAUGACAUUAACCCGAGGACUGGGCUGGUCGUGGCCCUGGUCAGUGUCUUCCUGGUCUUUGGCUUCAUGUUCACUGUCUCUGGGAUGAAAGGAGAGACCCUGGGAAACAUACCCCUCCUGGCCAUCGGGCCAGCCAUCUGCCUACCAGGUAUUGCGGCCAUUGCCCUGGCCAGGAAAACUGAGGGGUGCACCAAGUGGCCUGAAAACGAGCUACUGUGGGUCCGAAAGUUGCCUUGCUUCCGGAAACCCAAGGACAAGGAGGUGGUGGAACUGCUGAGGACCCCUUCGGACCUGGAGUCAGGCAAGGGAAGCUCAGAUGAGCUGGCCAAGAAGGCGGGCUUCAGGGGGAGGCCUCCCCUGCAGCCGCAGGCUGAGGUCAGCUCCAUCACUACCCCCACCCCCACGGAAGAAGGAGAAUGCCAGAGCCUGGUCCAGAGUGGGCAUCACGAGGAGACAUCCAGACACCUGGAUGGCUACUGUCCCUCAGGCAGUUCCCUAGCCUACAGUGCCUUGGAUGCCAAGCGCUCAGCCUGGGACAGGUCAGAGUGCCCCGAGCCCGAGGACAGCAUCUACUUUGUGCCCCAGGACAGUAUCAUCGUUUGCUCCUACAAGCAGAACAGUCCCUAUGACAGAUACUGUUGUUACAUCAAUCAGAGCCAAGGCAGGUGGGACCACGAGACGAUAGUCUAAGCUUUGCAUACAAGAGUCACUGUGUUGAUAGAAACAUGACUACACUCAGCUCCCGGUGGAAGGAAAUGGCCCUGCUCCGACAGCCUUCACACUGUUAGAAACCGACCUGGUAUGUGAUGGAUGUGCGAACCUCUGGUGCCUGAGAGCCAUGUAAAUAGCUGUGUUGGGGACACAUUGCAGGGAAGGGUGAUGAGUGUUAAGGACACUGGAAGAGGCAGUGGGUAGGAGAGGAAGCAGUAUUAACUGCUUUUUAACAAUUUAAACUAUGUUGGAUGUUUUGUAAAUAACCCAAAAAGUGCCCCUCAGUACCUGCCGAAAGCAAGGUAAAUCUUGAGUGGGCUGCAGAAACCAGGCAUGAAAUGAUGCUUUUGGGCUAUCCACAGGGACACUGAGCUGCUUUAGGUCUGAAGAAAUGGAAAGAAAAGAAAAAUGUAAUGCUUUGUUAUAAGAAAUGAUUUUUAUCUGUUGCAAGCUUUUCACACUUAGUGUUUGCUGGAAGAACACAAGUCAGGAGAGAAUAGCUACAUCCCUCCUUAGGCAGGAUGGCUUCUGGAGAAAGGGAACUUAAAGACAGUUGAAUUAUGUAAUUGAGUUUGAUAUUAUCCUCUGACAAGAUCAGAAAUUUAAAAUAAAGUAAAAUAAAUGUGACCAGCUAUGUGAAAAACUAACGUUUUUAGAUGGCUAUGUUACUUAUGAAGCUCUUCACUUAAAGUGAUUUACUGGGUCUUUAUCUGAAGUGUUUUCUAACAUGUACUAUCAUUCAUGUAUAAUUUUUUCAUCAGGUGCAAAAUGACUUGAUGUAAUAUUUUCAUAGAUUAGAAUUUGUUUUCACCAAAUCGCAAUGGAUUUUACAUAUGUAUACAAGUGUCUUUAAUAUUUUUGGGAGACAUGUACUGGUAAUUACUAUUCCUAUAUGCCUUUUAAUAUCUGAAGACUAUGAAGACAAUACCUUAGUCUUGAACUUUAUGCAAAAUUUACAUGAAAUGCAAUGAUUAAACUUCUGGAAAUGCCAGAAAUGUCAUUAUUUGUACAUUUGUUCAGUAUUCCCAAAGACUGUAAAUGCCAAUGAAAUGAGAGUUAAUCUACCAGAUUUAACUAAAGCCCAGUUUUUAUUAAGUUCAUCUGAUCAGUGAACUUUACAUGGCAAAGACCUGCUCUAUUUCAUGUUUAAUUUUUUGCUGCUGAAGGAAAAGAUUACAAUGGGACUCUAAAAUGUAUUUCUUCUUCCACUUAUUUAACUGUAAUAGACAAGAGGUCAAUCACCAAGAACACUGCUGGAUCCCUGUUGAAGAGAAAUAUUGAAUUACACAUAGAAAUGGUAUAUAUUUCAUC